AUGAUGUUGAAGGAGAAGGAGAAGUACGAACCUGUCAUCUCCUACCUCCAAAUCAUGUUGCAGUAUUACAUUCAACAGAUUGGUGAGAUGGAUGUCGAGAUAGUUGUGUCUAGGGAACGAACUGGAGCUGACUUUUGCAAGUCUUGCUUCUUUCUCCCCGACAAACAUAUGUACACUACUUCUUUUCUUGAGUUUAUUUUGGACUUGGUGACAAAAUUCAAGGGAAACAGUAAGCAGGAUCUCAAGUGCUUCUCUGACAUGGUCUUAUGGCACAUUCGCAUUCACAAUCUGUUGUUGAGCUUCAUUCUGAAAAUUUAUGAAGUGCAGAAGCGAAUUCAAGGAUAA